GGAAGUGACGGCACGGCGCCCCGGAAGCUUCUCCCGCUCCGAGGUUCGGUGUUAUGGCUCCGCCGCUCUCUCGGUUCUGUUCGGUUUGAGCCGCCAUGACGGAACCACAGAGGGAACCAGCGGAGCCGGUGGGAGCCCGGGUGACCCCGAACAGCCUGACCAUUCCCAGUCCCCGCAGCGGGCCCCCGAGCCCCGGCCUCUCCUGCUCUGCUCCCCGGAGCCCCCGCAGCCCUAGUCAGCAGGAGAAUACGGGCAGAACGGGAGGGAAGUGGGUCCGGCUAAACGUGGGCGGCACGUACUUCCUGAGCACCAAGCAGACGCUGUGCCGGGAGCCCAAGUCCUUCCUGUACCGCCUGUGCCAGGAGGAGCCCGACCUGGACUCUGACAAGGACGAGACGGGAGCCUAUCUUAUCGAUCGGGACCCUACCUACUUUGGACCCAUUCUGAACUACCUACGACAUGGCAAGUUGAUCCUCAAUAAAGAGCUAGCGGAAGAAGGUGUUUUGGAAGAAGCGGAGUUCUAUAACAUCGCCUCCCUCGUGCGGCUGGUGAAGGAGAGGAUUCGAGACAAUGAAAAUAGAACUUCCCAGGGUCCGGUGAAGCAUGUCUACAGAGUGUUACAGUGUCAAGAAGAGGAGCUGACGCAGAUGGUUUCCACCAUGUCUGAUGGUUGGAAGUUUGAGCAGCUUAUCAGUAUUGGAUCUUCCUACAACUAUGGGAAUGAAGAUCAAGCAGAGUUCCUGUGUGUUGUGUCCAGGGAGCUGAAUAACUCCACAAAUGGACUGGUCAUUGAGCCCAGUGAAAAGGCAAAGAUUCUUCAGGAGCGAGGAUCCAGGAUGUGACAAAGCAUUGUGACCGAGAUCUGUUACCGAGCUCUUCUCAGGCUGUAACCAAAGCCCUCGCUGCCUGCGGAGCUCUUGCGCUGUAUUUUCACGUUAUCCCCUCUUCCGCACCCGGCCUUAACACCCCAGCGUUACAGAGGGGGGCAGUGUGUGAGCGAACUAGAACAGAACAGUAUUGUGUUUGCCCCUGUCACAGGCCUGUGCUUUGUGUUGUCAGGUUAUAUAGGAAUGAUGUCAAUUAUUGUGGGGUGAACGGGUUAGGGGAGGCAACUCCUACUUUUUGGGGGCUAAUUGUGUUUUCUCGUGUGUUCUCUCACUUUGGCCUAGGUUUGGAGGAGUACUUUCUGCUGUGCUCCUUGGACUUCCAGUGACACAAGGCAAACUUAUUAGCUGGAUGGAAACAAAUAAUUGGCCUUCCCUUGAAUUAUCUUCCUUUACAGUUGCCAAAAGUCAUGUUCUGUUUCUUGUCUCAAGUGCUUUUACUGUGCAGUUCUGUCUUUUCUUCUAUGUAAAUCGGUGAGGAAAUCAGCGCCUGGAGUCUGCGAUGUUGAGCUCAAUCUGUUCUCUAGAGUAUUUCGAAAGCAAAAGGAGGACUGUUCCUCCCAUAAACUGAUCACCAUCACACUGACCUAGCAUUUGGCAAUCUUCCAAUGUCUUUACAGUGCAUGUAUACCUGUACCAAGCAAACGACCAUGUUCCCCUCUGUCGGUAUGGAUUUGUGUGUGGGGGAGGGGGUCUGGGUUUUGGGCUGCCUGCCUGUGACUCUAUGUGUUUCAUUAAGCACAAACUCUUUGGAUACCUGUUGUACAGAGAAGAUGCGGCAGAACCAAAUUAUUUGUCAUUUGUGGGUGUAUAAUAUUUUUUUUUUUUCUCACGCAAAAAAAUUGUCUUUAUUGCCAAAA